UUGAUCUUGAAUUAUUUGUGGAAGUCCAGAGAAGGUUUAAAAGAACGAAUAAAUAAGGAGCAUACUCUGCAAAUCAACCCCAUUAUGGAUAAAGAAACUACAUCAUCGAAAUCAGAAGAGACUGAAAUCAAGAAAGAAUACAAGUUUUCUGUAUUAUUUGAAAUUGAAGAAGUUGAUGAAGAAAAUUUUCCCAAAAAUGACAGUCAAGGUGAGGAAGAACCUCUAAGUGAUAAGGCUAGUGAUGAAGAAGUUGCAUCGAAACGGAAUCAAAAUGAGGGAGAUUCUUUAAAUGACAUGGAAAGCAUUGGAGAAAUUCCAGCAAGUCAUAGUAACGAUCAGGAGACUCCUUCACCAAGUACUAGUGGGGACAGAGAUGUUGGCGCUACUAGUAUUGGUGAAACAUUAAAAAGAAUCAAUGCAGAUUUGCUUGUAGAAUUUCCUGCCAAGAAGCCAAAGCCUGAGCUUUUCACUGUAGAUAAAGGUCCAAAGUGGUACAGCAUUGCCAAUGAGAUGGUUACACCCCCAAUAAUAACAAAGAAUCUACCAAGAGUUUUUGAAGCUCUUCCUAUAUUUGGUAAGCCAAAAACUAAAGGUCAUCUGGAUAAGUUCUAUGAUGAUGAAAUAAGAAAUUUUAUUGGAUGUGAUCUUGAUGAUGAAGAGUUUAAGGAGUUAGGUAAAUAUUGCAGCAUAGAGCACCUGAAAACAGGCAAAGAGCUAAAUUUAAAAUGGGACACGCCAUCACUUUCGAUACUAUCAUCAACGGAUAUUCCAGACAUAGACCUCAAUUCCACUAAAUUGUGUACAACAAGAAAGUACAAGAUGAGGAACAAAAUUAAUUUGAAUCCAUAUUUAAUGAGACUAAAGUACAGAGGCUUAAGAAUGCUGCCUUUGUCACAAGAGGGCAGCAAUGAAGACCCUACAUUACCUUGCGAGUUGGAACCAGGGAAGGAUCUCAUAUUCCGGGUGCGAGUCUACAGGCCCUUCAUAGAUCACUUACACAAGGACCGAAACACGCGCAGCCGCAGCACGGUGUUCAGCUGCGACGUGGUGCUGCUGGGCCGCCGCCCGCUCAGCGACCUGCGCGACCGCAUCGCCUGCAACAACGACCACGACAUGCGCGUGGACGUGUCGCACGCGCCCGACGCGCCGCCCGCCGCCGCCGCCAAGGAAGUGUUCCCAUCCGGUUUCUUGUUCAUAAACAACACGUUUUACGUGGACACAAGGGAGGGGUGCGUGGACAACAGCGCAGUCAUACGCACGUGGGCGCGACGGAAGGGGAUUGGAGAUUUUCCGGUCCAAGACAUGUGCUCCGUCAACCUAGAAGACAUCGUGAUCAAACUUGGUCACCCCGAGGUGUACGUGCACCAGGGCGCGUGCGAGCACGUGUUCACGUUCUCGGAGGUGCGCUGCGUGACGGUGCGGGACCCGCUACGGCGCCGGCACUACCCGUGCCACUCCGCCGUCACGCACAACCAGACCAUCUACUGCACCACGUGCGCGGAGUUCGGCGCCAAGUGGAUCGUGUCCGGCUGUCGGCGCGUGCCCUUCGACCCCGCCUUCUUCUGCGACACCUGCUUCAGGCAGUACCUGUACAAGGACGGGACCAAGAUAGGAGAGUUUAAAGCGUACGCCUAUAUAGGGAACGAACUCAAUCCCUUGAAGCCCUUUGGCUGAUUUCGUCAAGUGAAAAAACAAUCAACAUACCGAGUCAGUGACCAUAAAGUUCCAAUUUUCUUAAUGUAUUUUGUGACUGAUAUUAUAGCUUUGAGUAAUUUAAGAACCGAAAAGUGUAUUCAAUAAUGUAAGUGGGAGAGACAUCAGAGGACCGCGUGACCAGAUGACUACGGUGUUGCCAAUUUAAGAAUAAAUGUGUUUAGUGUUGCUUACUACAAAUCUAAAUCGACGAAAAGAAUGUGUUUAGUAUUUCCGCGUGUUGUAAACUUGUGAUGUAAAGCGUACGGUGACAAACGUCCUCCCUGUCAGCCUGCAGUCGCUUACCGGCACGUGCGAGGCCGUUGACCCCGCGCGUGAUUUUAUUUAAAAACAAUACACAUACUACAAAUGUAUGAAUAUUGAGUUUUUUACUAGCGUACACUUGUCGGGAGCGUUUGUGAAAUGUCUUCGUUUUAGUCUCUUUACACCGUACACGGACAUGUAAAAUGAACCUUGUGUUAUUAUUAUCAAUAAAGUAGUUUUA